CACAAACUGUGCGAUACUUCAGUUUCAUCGUUUCAUUCUGAUCUUGCCAAGAUAGAUUCUCGUGUAUUGUGUUUUCCACUUGACGGACGUGCCCGAGAACAGUCGCAAGCCAACGACAAGACAACGUCAAGAAGAAUUCUAAUUUUUCCCAGUCCCAGCUAAGCGAAGGUAUAUUUAGAGUCAUGCCAAAAGUGAAAAGGAGUAGAAAGCCACCCCCUGAUGGCUGGGAACUUAUCGAACCAACGUUGGAUGAGCUGGACCAAAAAAUGAGAGAGGCUGAAACGGAGCCCCAUGAAGGCAAAAGGAAAGUGGAGGCCUUGUGGCCUAUAUUCCGGCUGCAUCAUCAAAAGUCCAGAUACAUCUAUGAUCUCUUCUACCGCAGAAAGGCUAUCAGCAGAGAACUCUACGAGUACUGCCUGAAGGAGAACAUCGCUGACAAGAAUUUGAUUGCCAAGUGGAAGAAGCAGGGUUAUGAAAACCUUUGUUGUCUUCGUUGCAUUCAGGCUAGAGACACAAAUUUUGGUGCCAACUGCAUUUGUCGGGUUCCCAGAUCAAAACUUGAAUCUGGCAAGAUUGUGGAGUGCGUUCACUGUGGAUGUCGGGGCUGCUCAGGAUGAAGGAGGCAAAGGCAGCGGGAACAGUUUCUUCGUGUACAUAAUUCCAUUGGAAUAUUUUUUCCCUUUGAUGAUGUCUCUAUGUUGUGGUUUUGAACAGCGACAAGAAGAUUAUUGUCGCCCUUGUGAUGGCACCAGCUAACCCUGAAAAAUUUUUUAUUUUUUUUUCGAAUUGAUGGUAAAUUAUCCAUUUCAUAUUCUCAGUCAAAGACUAGUUUGAAUUUUGUGUACAGAUGCUACUAAAACAUUAUAAAGCCAGCCAUCAGGUUGGUUAAGGUUUUUGCUUCUCCUGUAAAAUUUACUUUGCUGCUGAAGUUAACUGAUUUUAUCACAAGGCCGACGUUGUGCUGUUUGAAAAUACAAUGUUAACACAAAGGCCCUCUUGGAUGGGAAGAAAUCUCAUGCCAUGAUGGGCGAGGCAGCAAUCACUGGGUUUUCUGAGUCUAGUGUUUUCGAACCAGUGACAUGAUUUUUGAAGUUCACAUAAAAUAAAAAAUUUAAUCAGGGAAGAGUGUUGAAGCCACUCUUCUUAGAGACAUCUGGCUGUGGUAAAAAAAAAAAAACCUUAAAAAUUAGUGCCUCUUUUAGCUUUUAAGAAUUUUGUAAAUGUCACCAGUUGGUGUGAUGAAAUAGGAUGUUGCCAUGUUGACUUUGUCAGAUUUUCUCACUCUUUAUAACAAUAAUAGUUCAUCCGUCAAUGUCGGAUGAUGAUCGAUACAUCUGAAGAAGAGAAUAUUUCUUAAAGAGAAAUAGAAGAAAUAAGGAUUAUGAUGGUUUGUGGCUUCUGCUAUGGCCAAUAGGACAAAUUCUGUCAGGUGUCAGGGAACAGUUUACCAUAUUUUGAAUUCCACUUGGGGAUGUACACAGCUUGUGGGCUUCUCUCUUGGCUUUAGCAUCUCUAAUUCGUGAAGCCUCAUAUGAUUUGCUGCCCACUCAAUAACUGUUAAUUUUAAUGCCACCUUCUUUCAGGCAGCUCAGAACUCAUAAUCCAGUUUUGGUAUUUAGCACUACUUACAGUGCUUGGUGCAAAUUUUUCAUAAAUAAAUGGCGGAUGACAGGAGUUAUUAUACACUCUUGGGAGAACUGAACUGACUGUGAGGUAGUGCUCCUGUUGUUGUUUUUGUGUAACUUUUUCCAGAUGAAAGGAUUUGAGUGACAGUGUUACCUUUACUUCUUCCUGAUUCUUUUUACUAGUGACAUGCUCUUCAUAAAUUUAAAGAUGUUUCAGACUUACAUCGUUAUAGGCCAGGUGCUUUGCUGCUGCACGUAGAAGACCAAUCCUUCUCGGCACUGAUUGAGCUCUAACAGGCAGGCCAGGUCAAAGCCCACCUCCUGAAUUAUCCAAAGUGUGUCGCUGUAAUCAGCAGGGUGCCACAAGUACAUUGUCUUUUUUAGUGUUGCCCCAUUUUUAAUAAAACUGCUUGGACAUAAUUCUGUGAAUACUUGAAAAUUAGCUUUCUUGAACUUUCCUGUCGUAGGAUUUCUUAUUUUUCUUUUUAUCUAAUGCUAUGAAAGGGGGUUAUAAUGACAUGUGUGCUCAGGGUAUGUGCUUAUGUAUUCUGAAGGUAAAUAAAAAUGUUGUCAUUUGUGUA